AUAGCUUUUUUCAUUGCAAAGCACAAAAGCAACAUAAUUUGUAGAAUUGUCUCGUCAACUUGCUCUCACAUGGACCAAUAAUCGACAGAACGACUGAAAAAAUGGCUUGCAAUUUGUCACCGGUGAAUGAGAUGGCAGACUCAAUUACGAGCAGCACACCGUCUGAGAUUGUGUACGGCGGCCCCGGCUCACCAGAUGAGCAUCGAACAAUGUCGGAUAAAGUGCAGACAAUGGCUUCGGCAAUUUAUCGAGAGUUGGAAACAAUGAUAAAAGUUCACGGAGAAGAUGGCGUGAAAACUCUGAUGCCAUUGGUUGUAAAUGUGCUCGAAGCAUUGGAUCUUGCCUAUUUGGAACGUGACGAGCAGACUGCAGAACUUGAAAUGCUCAAAGAGGACAAUGAACAGCUUCAGACACAAUAUGAACGUGAAAAAGCACUUCGAAAGCAGACAGAACAGAAAUAUAUUGAAAUAGAAGACACGUUGAUUGGUCAGAAUAAAGAGUUGGACAAAAAGAUAGAGUCACUUGAAUCAAUAAUGAGGAUGCUCGAGUUGAAAGCCAAAAAUGCCACUGAUCACGCCAGUCGUCUGGAAGAACGUGAAGUGGAACAAAAGCUCGAAUUCGAUCGUCUCCACGAACGAUAUAAUACUCUAUUACGAACCCAUGUAGAUCACAUGGAACGUACAAAAUAUCUAAUGGGAAGUGAAAAAUUCGAAUUAAUGCAGAAUAUGCCAUUGCCAAAUAUGCAACUUCGAAACAAAAUGGGCAUGGCUGCUUCUGUGGAUGCAUCAUCAAUUCGUGGAGUAUCUGAUCUUAUUUCUGCUCAUAUGACACAAUCAACCACGAUGGAUGUUAAUCUUGCAAAUCACAUCACAAACGAAGACUGGCAAGACGAAUUCUCAUCAGAUAUCGAACCAUCACCCAGGGAUAUUCCACAAUCAUCUGCUGAUGCGUUGACUUCACCAAUUACAACCAAAGAGCCGACUCCUAAACGAGAAGCUGCUUCACCGAAACAAUCAGAAGAGGAAGAAGCUGACGAGACAACUUCUGUAGAUCCCAAGGAAAAUAACGAUUUGCUCGGUGCUGAUCUCACAGGAAAUCUAGUGGAUCCAGCAGAGUUCGCCUCAGCGGUUAACGACACGUUCAUUGGAAUGGGCCGUGAAGUCGAGAACCUGAUCAAGGAGAAUUCCGAGCUUCUCGAUAUGAAAAACGCGUUGAACAUUGUCAAGAACGAUCUUAUAAAUCAAGUCGAUGAGCUGAACAGUGAGAAUAUGAUUCUGAGAGAUGAGAAUCUGAGCCGACAAAUGGUCAGUGAGAAGAUGCAGGAGCAAAUUACGAAGCAUGAGGAGGAGAUUAAGACGCUCAAGCAGAAGCUUAUGGAGAAGGAAAAUGAACAAGAAGAGGAUGAUGUUCCAAUGGCAAUGCGAAAACGAUUCACUCGUUCAGAAAUGCAGCGUGUUCUUAUGGAUCGAAAUGCAUACAAAGAAAAGCUUAUGGAACUCGAAGAGUCUAUCAAGUGGACUGAAAUGCAACGAGCAAAGAAGAUGCAACAACAGCAGCAGAAUGUGAAUCAGAAGAAAUCUGGCGGAAUUUGGGAAUUUUUCUCAAGUCUCCUGGGUGAUUCAGUGACCCCACCCGCAUCGUCGCGGGGAAAUCGUGCAAGCUCAUCGCGCGGCAAGAUGACUCGCUCUGUGGAGUAUAUCGACCCAGACAUGAUUUCGGAGAGACGUGCUGCCGAGAGAAGAGAGCAGUACAAAUUGGUACGUGAACAUGUGAAAAAGGAAGAUGGUCGAAUUGAAGCAUAUGGAUGGUCACUUCCGAAUGUUGAAGCUGAAGUAUCAUCUGUUCCGAUUCCUGUCUGUUGUCGUCCACUUCUCGAUAACGAACCAUCUUUGAAAAUAUGGUGUGCCACUGGAGUUGUUCUGAGAGGUGGAAGAGAUGAAAGAGGGCAAUGGAUUGUUGGAGAUCCGAUUUAUUUCGCUCCGGCUUCGAUGAAAAAGACGAAGACUUCUAAUCAUAGACCGGAGUUAGAAGAUGAAAUUAAGAGAGCACGAAAUCUUGAUGCACGUGAAAGUGAACUUGACGAAUGGCAAUCAUCAUCUCUUGUCUGGGUUGUUAGCUCAAAUCAAGGAAAAAGUCUAAUCGCUGUUCUCGAUGCAAACAAUCCGAAUAAUAUAAUCGAGACGUUCCCAGCGUGUGACAGUCAUCUUCUUUGUAUUCAAGCAGUUUCUGGAGUUAUGGAAGGAGAACCCGAAAUGAAUGAAGAACAGUCGAAAAAGUAUCUUUCCGGAGGUGGAAAAAUCAAAGAUCUUCCUGAAGGUCUAGAUGGAACUGAUCUUGGAGCGUGUGAAUGGGUUGAACUUCGUAAAAUGGAAGAUUCAGAGGAUGGUGUGCCCACGUACUGCUCUAACGAUAUGAAACCAAGUCCGAAACGGACAAGAGAUUUUAGUAUCAGUGAGGUGGCACCUGUCGAUUCGUCUGCGCCUGUUAAAGAAGAUCCAUUACCUCCACCUGCAAACCGCCCGGGUGGUCGUGCAGCUCUUCCACCACACAUUCGUGAUGCAAUGAGCAAGUAUGAUGGAGUUUCUGGACAGAUGAGUGGAGCACUUCCAACAGUUUGGAUGGGUGGACAGAAUCAAUACAUCUACAUCCACUCCGCUGUGACUGCCUGGAAGCAAUGCCUCCGCCGUAUCAAAAUGCCUGAUGCAGUUCUCAGUAUUGUACACUAUAAAAGCCGUAUCUUUGCUGCUCUUGCCAAUGGAACAAUUGCCAUAUUCCAUAGAAAUAAACACGGUGAAUGGUCCGACGAAGGAUAUCAUUCUCUACGUGUUGGAAGUGCCACGUCAUCAGUCCGAUCCUUGUGCCUUGUCUCUACAAACAUUUGGGCGACCUACAAGAAUUGUGUAGUUGUUCUUGACGCUGAAAGUCUCCAAAUCGUGAAAGUAUUCGCUGCUCAUCCACGAAAAGACAGUCAAGUCCGUAACAUGCAAUGGGUUGGAGCCGGAGUAUGGUUGUCGAUUCGUCUCGAUUCAACUCUCCGACUCUAUCAUGCACAUACAUAUGAACACCUUCAAGAUGUUGAUAUAGAACCAUAUGUGACAAAAAUGCUUGGGACAUCUAAACUUGAUUUCUCAUACAUGCGAACAACGGCGCUUCUUGUCUCAAAUCGAAGACUUUGGAUUGGAACUGGAACUGGUGUUAUCAUUUCUGUGCCAUUUUCUGGACAACUCGAAAAGAAGAUCGAAACAAAAGAUUCAAAACGUCCUGCGGGACCAGGUGGACUCGUCAGAGUUUAUGGAGCAACUUCAGAAAACGCCACUAACGACGAAAAAACAAAUGAUGAUUUCAUUCCGUACUGCAACCUGGCACAUGCUCAAUUAUCAUUCCAUGGUCAUAAAGACAGUGUCAAGUUCUUCCUUGGAGUACCUGGAGCAUCGAAGAACGGAGAAGAUGAGUCGGCAGAAGUGACUCUACGUCGAAUGUUGAUCAUGUCUGGUGGAGAUGGAUAUAUUGACUUUAGGAUAGGUGAAGAAAACGAACCGGAGCUGACAGGGCAAUCAAUUCGGCCACGUGAUAUGUCACAUUUGAUUAUCUGGGAAGUCGAUGCAGAACUUCCGAUCCUCUCAAAAUAAUUCAUUUCGCUUUUCAAUGCGAUCUCUUUUCUUCUUUUUUCUUCAACCUCAAUGCUUUGCAUAACCAUUCGUUCUUCUUCAUUUUGCAUUUUGAUUCGAUUUCUUUUUCCAAAAGGCUUUUUCUCACCACUUUCCCUGUCUAGAAUUCAAUUCAAUUAAAAGUUUUAAUGCAUCCAAAAUUCAUGUAAAUUGUACAUUUUCCUACGAAAUGUCUAAUAUUCGGUUGCUCCCUCCGUCUCCUCUCUUGUCAUCCCUCACCCUCCCACUUCUAACGCAUUCUAGUCUCUUUUUCCAAACUUUUUCUGUGAAUAUUCGUGCUUUUGUCUUGUCGAAUUUUUUUUCUUUAUUUUUCAUUACUUUUACAAAAAUUUGAAUGAAAGUCGCCUCAAGAACUAAUAUUGCCUGAGAGUACCGUAUUCAAUCAGACUGCAAAUAUUUCUACUCUUGAAAAAAGUAGAUUUUAAACAGAAAAAAUCAAUUUAGAAUGGCGUUCCGUGUCGAACACUGCAAAAAAGCUAUGGAGUUUUUCAUUAAAUUCAGUAAGUUUUUUGAGAAUUAUGAAUUUUCCCAGGCGCGACAAAUUGUCCAAAAAAUACGGUACCAGGUCUCGCAAGGACAAUUUUUUUGUUAAAUUCAAAAAGGUGUGCGCCUUUAAAAGGUACUGUAAUUUCAAACCCUCGUUUACGCGGAAUUUUCUUAAAUUUCCAAUUUUUCUCUAGAUUUGUUUAAAUUGUGUUGUUAUAGUUAUAUUCGAUUUUUUAUGAUGUAUUUUUUUAUAGAAAAACUAUGAAAAAUUACACUGCAACCAUAAUUAAGAACUACAGUACUCUUUAAAGGCGCACACCUUUUUGCAUUUAACAAAAAUUUGUCGUCACAAGACCAGGCACCGUAUUUCUGGUGCAAAAAUCGCAAAAUUUCACGCCUGGGUUAUAACUGUUCGAAAAACCCAUCUGUAAAAAGUUUUUAUGCUGAAAAUUGUGAUCCCUUUUCAAAUUUGUUAAUUUCUUUUAGAUACCGGCUCGAAAGCCUAUCUGGAAUACGCAGAGCUUCCAAAUCGCGUGCUCGAUUUUCAACAUACCGUAACCCCAGAAGACCAACAAGGAAAGGGAGUCGCCAAAAUUCUCGUCAAGGAAGGACUCAAAUACGCCGCCGACAACAAGUAUCUCGUCCAGCCAACCUGCUGGUACGUAGCAAAAUAUCUUGAUGGAAGUAGUGCAACUGAAGAGGAGAAGCAACUCGAUAUUCGCCACAAGCUGUGAAUAUUCGAAUUUUAAAUGUUUCGAUUGUGAAGAUUUGUGCCUGUAUUGUAAGGGUUGUAAUUAAUAAAGUUAUUU